AUGAGUGCAAAGGAUAUAAACGCCUUAACAAUUUGUCCAUUCCACCGUUCUGAGCUUGGCACUGGAUGGCGAAGGAGCCAGAAUACCUGCAGAAUUCCAGAUGAGAUUGCUUCCCACGGCAAAGGAAAAGGUGUCAAGGGAGACAGAUGCGCUAGCAGAGCGAUAUCAAAAGUUAUAUUUCAGAUAACCGGCAUCCUUGUACCUCUAGGUUCAGGUGUGGCUUUCAUGAACCCUAUUGCAAAAAAGGUAAUAUUGUUGUGUAAUAUAUGUGCUCUAUGUAUUCAGAUAUUGUUACUUUUAAAGAAAUGCAAUUUUUCAGUUGACAUAAAUUAUUGGCUGCGUGAGUCUUAAGGAACUAGGAACUCAUACCUUGAAUAAAGUACGUCGAAGGUUUGACGGCUUCGAGCUUGCCUAAGUUUGUUCUUUCUGUAUUACUUCCCCGAUUUGUAGUCAUUUUUUCGAUCAUGGGAAGGAAGAGCUCCAUGUCAAAGUUAACUUCCACUGAAAGUCAUUUUACUCGUCUACGUUGUUGUCCUCAUCGUCUUCAUCAUCAUUGUCGUUAUUAUCAUCAUUAACAUCAUCAGCAUCAUUAUUAUUAUCAUUGUCAUUAUCAUUACUGUUAUCGUUUUAAUAACUGUUUCUUCUAUUACCAUUGCACGGGUAUCUGUAGAAAAUGCAGAGAGAUUUUUGAAAGCAGGUCACAGAUUGAUGAACUAACGCUUGCAAUCAAGGAUCUAAAGAUGGUGAGCAAUCUAAUCGAUAGGUUCAAUCGAAUUGCACCGCCUUUUUUUUAACGCAAUAACACUUUCUGAAGAAGUAAAUAAAGUUAAACUAAAAUUUCAAUUUGUUGUUGUAAGUAAUGUAGGAGGGCCUAAUUAAGCAAGAGCACUGACGAGCCCGCUGCAGUGCAAAAAAAUUCCGUAAAUUCAUUGCCAAGCCAUAUAGCCGCUACUCAAACUUGUGCUUUGAAUAUAUCCUCAGGCCAACAGUAGUGACAUACCAAUGAAUCCUACGGUUACUCCAGAAAAACAUGAACCUCCUGCAUUGGCUACGGAAACAACGGAGACCCUUUACCACCCAUCUGAGAGCUCAGAAGAUUUUGAAAGCGCAAAAGGGGUAAAAGGUACUUGUAGUAGUUCUGAAAUACCACCGGGACUGACCGCGGAAACACCUGGGAGCUUUUACCACCCAUCUGAGAGCUCCGAAGAUUCCGAUGGCGCAAAAGACACAACGGCGCAGAACACAACGCUACCACAUUCGGAAAGCAAGACAAGUUGUGAUAGCAGCCCUAGAGGAAACUGCACCUGGGAACGCUGAAAUCCUCUUGAGUAAACUAGUGAUAUCAAACGUCGUCGCACUGACAGAGAACGAAGUUGACUUAACGCUUGUUGACGCCUUAGCAGAAUGCUACAAGAGUGCGAGCCACUGGAGCACACGAAGGCAAAUCCUAUCCAUUAUUCCUGACAAGUUAUCUAUCGAACGUUACAGAGUUGGAUUCCUGGUCUAACACGAUAUAGAUAUAAUGUCGCCAGGCAACACGCUCACAUGUAUGAAGGAGGUGCUGAAGUUGAAACUCGUAGUGUGCCGAGAAUGUAUGUCUCAGCCUCACAGCUCGACCACUUCCUUGACUUCAUCACAAGUGAACACAUUGUCCAAGAACUUCCAUUUGGUGAACGGACAUUGAAAAUUGUUAUCCGAAAAGAAAAUAAUAGUACUCAAUGUGGUAAGAAAGGUCAUCCCAGAGCGAGUUAUUCAACAGUAUAACCUGUUUUGCACCGAGACGGGUUUUGCUCCGAUGGGACGCAGCACCCUUCAUAACAUUCUAGAUUUGUGCUCUGCUAGUGUAAGGAACUCAUUACAGGGACUCGAUUACUUUACAGCGCAAGGCACACAGGCUUUUGAUGAUUUAGAGAGUGUUGUCGAUAAGCUCGGAGAAGACUGUGGGAUGGGCUCAUCCUGGGUGAAAGAAAAGAAGGAACAAGUCAAGGAAGGAAAGAGAUAUCUGAAGAGUGAUUACAAGGUACCAUUAUUAUCCCUAUUAUCAUUAUGAUUAUCAUUAUUACUAUAAUAACGAUCAUAACACUAAAAAUAAUCGAGCGUGCUUCAUCAGUUCUUAUCACAAUACAGAGAUAUGAAUUAUUAAUAAAUACAUGCAGAUAGACAGGGACCAUAGUCAUUAUCAUACCUUCCAAUUCGAGAUUUUUGUUUUCAGUUAAUAGGUACACAUUUCAACGAGCUCAAGUGUACCAGACCAUUGUCGAGCCUACGCGCUAAGUUGUCCAGACGACACAGACUACCUUGA